AUGUUGCAUCUCGUCUUCGACAACUCGGAGGCCAAGAACAUGGCCAUGGCUGUUACCGAAGGCGACGAAAAGAACGGAGAGGAAGUCGUCACGAGUAUCCAGACGGUUGCUGCGCAUCUCAUCUCCGGACUGAACCGGGAGCAAGACAGCCGUGUUGUGGUAGGGUAUCUGAUGCUGCUCCUUGGCUGGCUUUUCGAAGACUUGGACGCCGUCAACGACUUUCUGGGAGAGGGGUCCAACACCCAGAGCCUUAUCCAGGCAGUGAACCACCCAUACCCAUCUGGCGAUGUUGUUCAGGGGCUCUGUGCCAUGUUACUUGGCGUGCUGUAUGAGUUCUCGACCAAGGACUCGCCGAUUCCCCGGGCCGAUCUUCAUAACAUCCUCCUCUCCCGUAUGGGACGCGAGCGGUAUAUCGACAAGAUGUCCAAGUUGAGAAGCGACCCGCUUAUAAGGGACUUUGAAGUCACUCCUCAAAAACUCGGCAACUUGGGCUCAGGCAAGCUGCCCGACGUGUACUUUGAUGCUACAUUUGUCGACUUCUUGAAGGACAAUUAUAGCCGCAUUCUCCGUAGUAUAGACCGGGAUCCUGGGUUGGAGAUUUCCGUGGUCUCGAACGGCAUUCAGAAGGGUGUUUCGCGGGAACUCGUCGACUCUCUUCGAGCUCAGUUAACGGAGAAGGACCAAGCUUUGCAGGAAGCGCAAGUCCGCGUCGAGACGAUUGGUCGUCAACUUGGCCAAGAACAAGCCGAUCAUCGGCGGACUCGGGAGACGACUGCCAUGGAGCUGGCUAGAAUUAAGCAAGUAAACGAGGGUAUGCAAAGACAGCACGAUGCAGAGCUGCGAAACCUGCAGAGCCGGGUUACGUCUCUCCAGGAAGAACACCAGAAGCAGGACGAACAAACCCGAAGAAAGACAGAGUCCCUCGUCGCAACACUCGAGCAACAGCACAAGAAACAGUUGGAUGAAGCUCAACGAAAGGCAGACGCUCAUGUCGCAGCUCUUGAACAACAGCACAAGAGGCGGCUGGAGGAGGUCCAGAGGGAUGCCACCUCUCGAGUCACGGCUCUAGAGCAAGAGCUCAGGAAACAGAUCGACCAAGCUCAGGAGAUUGCCAAGACACAAGCAGCCUCACAAUUGGAGGAGCAUCGCAAGCAGUUGGAGCAAGCGCGCAAGACGGCUGAGUCAGACGCUGAUCGUGUCCGCCACCGGGCCGAGGCCGACAUGGCAGACCUCAAGGCUACUAUCAGCCGACUUGAGGUUGAUCUCAUGAAGGCCAAGAAGACGAAGCUGCAGGAGAUACAAGCUGUGCGGGAAGAGCUAGAGGAGAAGGCACGAGAACAGGAAACCCUUGUAGUCAAACUCGAGGCCAACGCCAAGCAGCUUGAAAAGGACCUGCGUGAGACUCGGGAAAAGGCCAUGCAGGACGACAUGGCGGCUAAGAAAGCCGAGGAAGACCGAAAGACGACGCAAAAUGAGCUUGACGAUUUACUCAUGGUAUUUGGCGACCUCGAGGAAAAGGUGGCCAAAUACAAGGCAAAGCUCAGGGAACUCGGAGAGACCGUCUCCGACGGCGAAGAUGAGGACGAAGAUAGCGACGAGGAGGAAGAAAGGGACGAAGAUGAUGAAAAAGACGAGGCUAAGAGUGACGAUGGGAAAUAG